AUGGGUUGUGUGCAGGGGAAGUGCUGUUUUAGAUAUUGCCGUUGCUGCUGCUGUUGCUGUCGAUAUCCGUCUUCAACCUCGUGCUCUUCUGGCCGCGACGGCGGAGCCAUCGCCCAGGCAGGGCCGGGCCUCGUGUUGUCUGGAAGCCCGGUGGGCAUCGCCGCCGUUCCCUCUCACGGCCUCUGCCUCCAGUACUCUUCCCUUACACAGCGCGGCUACUAUCCGGACUCCCCUGACCGGGAGAACCAGGACGCCAUCUGCAUCAGGACCAAUGUCCAGGGAAAUCCUAAUCUGCACUUCUUCGGAGUCUUUGAUGGCCAUGGUCAGUUCGGCGCUCAAUGCGCAAAUUUUGUCCGGGAUAAACUGGUCGACAUCUUGUCCGCAGAUACCGAGCUGUUAGACGACCCUGUGAAAGCUUAUCAUUCAGCUUUUCUUGCAGUGAACACUCUUCUGCAUGACAGCGAAAUAGACGACUCAAUGAGUGGCACCACUGCUAUAACCGUUCUUGUUAGUGGUGAGACGCUGUUUGUUGCAAAUGUAGGCGACUCCAGAGCUGUUGUUGGUGUUUACGAAGGGGAUCGCUUGGUUGCUGAAGACCUUUCUCGCGAUCAGACUCCUUUUCGAAAGGAUGAAUACGAGAGGGUAAGACUAUGCGGGGCUAGGGUUUUGACUGUUGAUCAGGUGGAAGGGGUAAAGGAUCCUGGAAUACAGAGCUGGGGCGAUGAGGAGAAUGAUGAAGGGGAUCCGCCAAGGCUAUGGAUGCAGAAUGCCAUGUAUCCUGGAACUGCGUUCACUAGAAGCGUGGGUGACUCGACUGCAGAGAGCAUAGGGGUCAUCGCUGUUCCUGAAGUGUUGAAGUUCAAGAUCACGCCGCUUCAUUUAUUCUUUGUUAUAGCAAGUGAUGGCAUCUUCGAAUUUCUCUCAAGCCAGGCUGUGGUUGAUAUGGUGGGUAGUUUCAAGGAUCCACGUGAUGCUUGUUCCGCACUUGCCGCAGAAGCAUAUAAAUUAUGGUUGGAGCAAGAAAGCCGAACCGACGAUAUCACUGCUAUUGUUGUCCACAUCAAAGAUCUGUGUAAUCCUGAUACUGGAGUUUCUAAUGAAGCCACACAAAUGGUAAUGAAAGCCUCUGUUUAUUCUGAGAAAGCGAGAGCUGAGAAAUUUUUAUCUGCUGGGACAGAAAUUUGCCGUCCAAAUUUAGAGAAUUCCUUUGAGAUGCGGUCUUCUCGUGAUGCUGUGGCAGAAAGGUGUCCUGCAUGCGUUGUUCCUUCUUCUGAAAGCCAAUGUCCUUCAUAGCGUCAUUUUGCUGAACUGCCUUUAUUACACCUCACCGGGCAUUCAAUGCAUCCCUUGAGGAUUAGCACUGCCUGAAGCUGGGCUAAAAAACAAUCAUUAACUUCAAUUGCAAUACAUAACUGAGAAGAUGAACGCUUUCAGUGACUAAGGUUUGGCUUCUGUAAGUUUUAAUUUGAAUAACUUUGUAAUUAGUUCCUUGCACUGAUUAAUAGAUCUUUGAAAAUUGUAAAUUUUUUUCCUGCAAAUUAAUUAAUAUUUGAUU